GAAUGUUGUAUAAAUGGAAGGGUGUCCCCUGUUUUUUCACUUCUCUUACUCUCGUCUUGCAACACAGCGAUUAGGGUUUCUCUGAGAACGUUAAGGCAUAUUAAUCACAGCCGGUAAUAUUGGAAUCUUAGAAAUGGUGGCCUUUUAGCUUAUUACGAGGUGAUAUAAAUGAAAUUUCUAGGCGUAUGGAGUGGGUGAUUAUAUUUUAUAAUGCUUAAACACAUUCGAAACUACUUAAUUUUUUGUGCUGGUACAAACACAUUUUUUGCAGGCACCAUAUAAACAGUCCACGUGCUUUGACAGGUCGAACAUGCUCUGCCUCUUCCAUGUCACCUUCUAGUAUUUGAUAAUGGUGAAAUUAUGGGCAGAUCCGCAAAUAUUUUUCACAAAGUUGGAUAGAAAAUUGUUUUUAUGGCUGCUUAGAAUGGACGGAAUUGGAAAGAUGGAGCGCAGAGCUGGUUGCGGCCGCCAGGGCAAGCACAGUAUGGACGUAUGGAUUUGCCAUGCUGGAGAAAAUGAAGUUUACCCACUUCAACCCGUCGUUAUACUUCUGGAGAAAAAUGACAGUCUACCUCCAGCAGUGCCCAGCAACCAGACAAAACGACUGUUGAAUAUGUCAAUUCCUAUCACAAAAACUGCCUAUUCUAUGGAUGAACCUGCCAUUCCACAUGCUUUUGUUGAAGCAGUAUCUGCAAUGACUACCAUCAAAGAUGGAUGUCAAGAUGUUGAAAUGUUGGAUCAAGAGUUACACUAUUAUUCUACCGAAAGCCCCCAAAACAAAGAAGACAGUGAACACAAUUUUCAUCUUCCAGAGGACUAUCAGAAUAGUGACAAGAAAGCUGAGAGUGUGUCACAGAUGAAUUGUCCCCAUGAUUCUCAUAAGCAAACGCACAAGCCUGUUGCAAGAUUUACAAGCUGAAGAGAGUAGAAGAAUUUCAAGGUACAAGGAUGACUAUAAGAAGUCUCCAUUUACUAAAUGUUUGCGAGGCUUGAACAUUUUAGCAAGAGCUGCUACCUUACGAGCAGACAUCCUAGCCAGAAGAAGGGGAUUACCUGUUGUGGGAAAUAGUUCUGCUUAUUCACAGUCUACUUCUGCAUUUCAUAAUCUUCCUUACAAGAGCCAAAAUGUACAAGGGAGAAAAGCCAGGAUAGAAUUCUGAGAGGCGAGACUGGUAAUAAAAAUGGCGCUUCUCCCAAGUUUACCAUGAGACAGACCAAUGCGUUUCUUCCAUAAAAGGAUAUGAAAGCGAAGAUUCAAUAGUCUUUCCAAGUGUAUACGAAGAUAGAAAUCUAUUUGUUUCUCAUUCAACUCCAGGGAAGGGUCCUAUGCAUAAUUUCUGCAAUAUUGCUAUGCCUUUAGCACAUAAUGGGCCAGUAAUAACAAGUGCUUCAGAAGGUCUUCCAAAAGAUGAGGCACUACAAAGCAACUCCAUAAUUAUAGAAUCAAAUCCAAAGUUGUCUGAAAGACAAUAUUCAGAAAUAUCUCCCCUAGUGCAUCAAGAGAAACAUAUUCCUGUUUAUGGAUUAUUCCAGUGAAGGAUCUUUUGCAAAAUAUUGGCAAUAUUUCUGCCCCCUUAGCUUUAGUGGGGCCAGUUAUGACACAUGUAUCAACUGGGAUUGGCAGGGAGGAGAGACAGAACAACACAAAAUUGCUUGGUCAAUCCUUUCAGCCAUUAGCAAAGAAGUGAUUCUUUGAGAAAGACUUGGCAGGAUCUACCGAAAGCCCCAAAAACAAAGCAGACAAUGAACACAAUUUUCAUCUUGCAGAGGUGUGUUAUUUACCUAGAAUACUAAAAAGGAUAAGGCUGCAGCCCCUCUAUUUGUGGCAAUCAAAAUAUUACAAUAUUUUCUUUUUAAUAUUGGGCGAAUGAGCCUCUAGGCACAAAGAACGAACUUUAUUUUGUGCAGAUGAGGCUCUAGGUAGGCCACACUUAUUAGGUGAAAUUGUUAUGGUGGAUAUCUGGCUACUUUUAUUAUGUAAUAAAAAUAGCGCUUCUCCCCAAGUUUACCAUGAGACAGACCAAUGCGUUUCUUCCAUAAAAGGAUAUGAAAGCGAAGAUCCAAUAGUCUUUCCAAGUGUAUACGAAGAUAGAAAUCUGUUUGUUUCUCAUUCAACUCCAGGGAAGGGUUCUAUGCAUAAUUUCUGCAAUAUUGCUAUGCCUUUAGCACAUAAUGGGCCAGUAAUAACAAGUGCUUCAGCAGGUCUUCCAAAAGAUGAGACACUACAAAGCAACUCCAUAAUUAUAGAAUCAAAUCCAAAGUUGUCUGAAAGACAAUAUUCAGAAAUAUCUCCCCUAGUGCAUCAAGAGAAACAUAGUUCUGUUUAUGGAUUAAUUCCAGGGAAGGAUCUUUUGCAAAAUAUAGGCAAUAUUUCUACCCCCUUAGCUUUAGUGGGGCCAGUUAUGACACAUGUAUCAACUGGGAUUGGCAGGGAGGAGAGACAAAACAACACAAAAUUGCUUGGUCAAUCCUUUCAGCCAUUAGCAAAGAAGCGAUUCUUUGAGAAAGACUUGGCAGAAUCUACCGAAAGCCCCAAAAACAAAGCAGACAAUGAACACAAUUUUCAUCUUGCAGAGGCUAAAAUACAGAGCCUGAUGCAUUUUAUUUUUUACAGGACUAUCAGAAUAGUGACAAGAAAAUUGAGAGUGUGUCACAGAUGCAUUGUCCCUGUAAUUAUCAGAAGCAAAUGCACAAGAAAAGCCUGUUGCAAGAUUUACAAGCUGAAGAGAAUAGAAAAAUUUCAAGGGAAGGGCCUUUUGCGAAACAUUGGCAAUAUUUCUGCCCCCUAAGUGGAGCCAGUUAUGACACGUGUCAACAGGGAUUGACAGGGAGGAAGAUAGACAAAACAACACUACAAGUAGUGAAUAUAAUCCAAAAUUGCUUGGUUGAUCCUUUCAGCCAUUAGCAAAUAAGCAAUCCUUUGAGAACAACUUGGCAGAAUCUUCAGAGAGAAUGCAAGCACAGAGAACACAACACGAUGUUAUGAACCAUCUUUCUGGACAAAUGAAUUUUGCUGAGAAGGUUCCUAAUAACAGGAACAACACAGAUUAUUUGUUAAAGUUACAUUUGAUUUAGUCUUGCAUAGUAGAGACUGAAUGUGGACCUAAUGAAAAGGUCAGAGAGAGUCAAACAAGACACCAGGGACAAUUGAAGACCCCUCUGAGAGGGAAGUUUAAAGAAAAAGCAGUGGAAGUUGCCAAGACAAAAGCACAUUUGUUCAAUGGAAUGACAAUGACACAGGUAACUUACUAGAUUUAAAUUAUAUCAACUCUUACAUAUUGGAGACUGAAGAUGGAUAUAUUAAAAGGGUGGAAGGUAUAAAAGACACCAGGAACAGUUUAACACUUCUUUGAGAGGGAAUUCUAAAGAAAAGGCAAUGAAAUUUGCUAAGAAAAUGGCCUUUGUUCAAUGUAAUGAGACCUUAAAUUCGAAAAGGGGAAUCACCACAGUAAAUUAGCUCCGUUUCAAAGGGAAUUACUGCAGAUUUUGGCUUUCUCUCUUCUAACAGCACUAGCAGUGAUUGAAAACUGUGUUGCCAAUUUUACGUGUUUGGAUCUUUUAUAGAUGUAAGUAUUCUUUUGGAACACAUCUCACUUAUUCUUUUAAACUCUAUUGUAAUUGAAUCUGUACUUAUGUUUGUUUUUUACACAUCUUACUUAUUCAUUUGGGCUCCAGUGUAAUUGUCUCAGUUGAUCAUUAAUUGAGACUUUUCUUACUGUCA